GUUAUUAAUGGGCGGCAGCUCAGUCGUUGCAGCCGAAUUGGCCGUCGACGUCCCUCAGUCCCGUGAUCCCAUGGCCCAAUUGGGUUUAGUUCCCCCUCUCUUCCCACGAGACCGCCCGGAUCCCGUGACCUGCGCCGGUCGAACAUUUUCUCUCUCCAGCAAAGCAAAAAAGUUGCUUUUCUGCCCGGGUUAUUUGACUGUGCUCCCUCCACGCUUUGGCUUCUCUGCUUGCGCUUCUGAUACUUGACUUCCCACCGCUCUUUAAGGCUCAAUUCUCGCACAUUCGCCCAGAUGAAAAGGCUGCAGCUCCAACGAUGGAGCAGUUCGGUCCUUUCGCCGCGGGUCCGGACUGGUAGUAGCCGCCUGCAGCACCAUCUCUACACAGGACUCCGGUACCAAUCGACUGUUUCGCCUGUGACCCAGGUCGAGAACGAACCAUUGACGCAUGAACAAUCGCCCAUGUCGCCAAUUCCUUCCCCCAACUCCCAAAAGUCGAAAUACACCCUCCCCUCCCCGCCGGUAGAAGCCGCACGCGAGUCGGCAAAAUUGGCCGCCCUCCACGCUCGUCUUUACCUGCCCUCACGGUUACCCCUCGAGACCCUUGCACGAUCGUUGGUGGAUGCGUCGGCGGAACCGAAUUCGAAUUUCAACAAUGCAUCGCUGGCCACGCUGGGCCAUGACCUUUUGACCUACUACACUUCCGAGCACCUCAUCUGCACAUAUCCUCGACUUCCCAUGGCGGUUGUAUUUGCGGCGAUGUAUGCGUACGUCGGACCUAAGACUUUAGCGGCAAUGACCAAGGAAUGGGGUGUGGAGCACGCUGCCACGCCCGGAGGCGAGGUCGACCCCGGCUUCUUGCAGUUCAAAAGAAUCGACCCGGGGACCGAGAUCGAGGAGGGACAAGUGAACGGAUCGACACGACCCAACGACCAGCGGAGAUGGAGAGUGUCGAUGAGCUCGCGGGUUGUGUAUGACAACGAAUUCGGUGAGCCGGUCCAGGACCCCACCAAGAACGACGGGCAAUCGACGCCGCUUCCCGCGGGCGUCACCGCGGAACAGGCCAGUGCCAACUUCAUCCGGGCCGUCAUGGGCUCCAUCUACCUGCACGCCGGCCGUCCGGCGGCCAAGCGGUUCUUCGAGCAACACUUCCUUUCGCGACACCUGAGCAUCACAGAACUGUUCGACUUUUCACAGCCGGCCCGCGAUCUCAGUCGGUUGUGUGCGCGGGAGAGCUUCGAGCCCCCCGUGGCGAAGAUCAUCAGCGAGACUGGUCGCAAGAGUCGGCACCCGGUCUUCGUGGUUGGCAUCUACUCGGGCGAGGAUAAGCUGGGCGAGGGCGCUGGCGCCAGUCUGCUUGAGGCCCGAUCCCGGGCAGCGGUUUCGGCGCUUAAGGGAUGGUACAUGUAUAGCCCGCUGAAUGUGCGCGUGCCCAGUUCGAUGGAGGAAGAAAGUGCAGCACCAUGGAAGCCCGUCCAUGUGGAUCUGGGUGAGGUGAUUGUGUAGGAGGGGGAUCUAGAAAUAUUUUCUUCAUUUCACGUGUUUGAUGUCUGUUUUGUUCUUUUCUGUUUGGGAAAAAGAAGAGGAUCCCGGUUGGUUGCAAAUAAGCUUUUUAUGUACGGAGUCACUCUUACUUUGCCAAACGACCAGGAAGCUGUACAGUAUGGGUAAAUCUACUAUUUCUAUUCUCUUGAUGUGUUAAUGUGGUUCGUUUGUACAAGUUCGAUGUUUUGGUAGUUUAUAGACUGGUUAG